CUAAGUUACUUUGUGAACGAGGAAAGUGUUACACGGGAAUUAUAUCUAAUUAAAGUUUUUAAUUGUGCAUGAUGUUAAAUUUGAAUUUAAGAAGAAUAAGAUAAAGUGCAUACAUUAUGGAAACCACCCCGCUUUUAAUACGGCCAAAAAGGAAAUCAAUAUGGUCAAGGUUGAAUUUUUUUAGGUUUCGUAGACGUGAACUGUGCUCGAGGGUUAUACAUUUGGGUCAACUGCCCGAAGAGGAAUUUCCUCCAAACCAUGUGUGCAAUCAGAAAUACAACAUAAUCACAUUCCUGCCAAUUGUUUUGUUUGAGCAGUUCAGGUUUUUCCUUAACCUAUACUUCUUAGUGAUGGCACUGUCACAAUUCAUACCAAGCAUUAGGAUUGGAUACUUGUACACAUACUGGGGGCCGCUGUGUUUUGUCCUGGCUGUGACGUUGUUCAGAGAAGCUAUCGAUGACUUCAGAAGAUACAGAAGAGACAAGGAAGUAAAUCGUCAGCGUUAUGAGCGCAUAUCGUUAGAUGCCCCGAUCGAGGGCUACCGCCCCUUCAUCACAGAACAAGUUCCUGCAUCUGAACUGAGGGUUGGUGAUAUUGUUAUGCUGCACAAGGGGCAGAGAGUGCCUGCUGAUAUGAUCUUGUUAAGGACCAAUGAAACUAUGGGAACAGUCUUCAUUAGGACUGACCAGUUAGAUGGAGAAAUUGAUUGGAAGUUAAGGAUACCCCUUCCGUCAACUCAAAAACUGCCCACAGAUGCACAUUUACUGGACAUAAACGCGAAGUUAUUUGUGGAGAAACCAGAGAAGGAUAUACACUCUUUUAUUGGCACUUGCACGAGGUUGGACGAAGAAGAGAGCGAUUCCUUAGACAUUGAGAACACACUGUGGAGUGGCUGCGUUGUUGCCAGUGGACAAGUUACCGGCUUGGUUAUUUAUACAGGCAGUGAAACUCGCAGUGUAAUGAACAACGCGACCCCGAGAUCCAAAGUAGGCCGAUUAGAUCUGCGAAUCAAUGACUUCACGAAAGUUCUUUUUGGGGCCACUCUGUUUCUAUCGUUACUGCUAAUCGUACUCAAAGGAUUUGACGGGCCGUGGUUUGCUUUUCUUAUCAGAUUCGUACUGCUGUUUUCGUAUAUCAUACCUAUCAGCUUACGAGUAAAUCUGGAAAUGGGGAAGGUUUUUUACUCCUGGACAAUCCAGCGGGACAAGAAAAUCGAAGGAACUGUCAUGCGUUCCACAACUAUACCCGAGGAGCUGGGCAGGAUACAAUAUCUGUUAGCUGACAAGACUGGGACUUUAACCAAAAACGAGAUGGUCUUCCAGAAGCUGCAUUUGGGGAAUGCGCUGUUUGACAAGAAUAUUUUUCAUGAGGUAGAAGCACUACUAACGCAGCACAUAACCAACGAAGGACCAUCUCUGCCCACGUCGCCAGCGACGGAGGGCGCUGUGCUAGCUCCCACGCCCAGACAAGUGUGGGAAGCCGUGCUUGCGCUCGCACUUUGCCACAAUGUCACUCCCGUCUACGAUAUAGACGACCAGAGAGCCGAUGAGGCUCAGUCAGAUAUGGGUAGUUCUGUGAUGUCCGAGAGUUGCGGAGGUGCGGUGCCGCAACAACAGCUGUGCGACUAUCAAGCAUCCAGUCCGGACGAGGUGGCCUUGGUGAAAUGGACAGAUAUGAUGGGCGUCUCGUUGUACAAUCGGGAUCUCCACAACAUUUCGCUGAAGCUCCGCGCCGCUAACGAGAUCAUGCAGUUUAACAUCUUACAAAUAUUCCCCUUCACCAGCGAGAGCAAGAUGAUGGGCAUUAUUGUGCAGGAGGAAAACACCCAAGCUAUAACAUAUUACGUGAAAGGCGCAGACGUAGCACUAUCCAAACUUUUAAAUUCAUCGUGGCUAUCAACUGAGUGCAAGUUGCUUGCGGCCGACGGACUAAGGACAUUGGUAGUUGCUAAGAAGACCAUGUCCAAGAACGAAUAUUUGGAGUUUGAGAGUGAGUACAAGGAAGCUCGUAUGAGUGUGACGGGUCGCACGGAGCGAACGGCCGCGUGCAUUGCGCGGUUACAACGAGGACUCACACUACUGGCGCUUACUGGAGUAGAAGACCGCCUUGCAGACAACGUACCGGACACUCUGGGACUGCUACGUUCUGCUGGAAUCAAGAUUUGGAUGCUAACAGGCGAUAAACUAGAAACAGCGCUAUGCAUCGCGCGUUCUCUACAGUUAGGAGGCGGAGAACGUUGGCAUACCGCUCCGGAGUGCAGAAAGAGGCGUGAUGCGUACGCACUGUUAAAUGAAUUAGCAAACAAUUCUGACUCCAUCGAUCUCAUUAUAGAAGGGGAAACACUCGAGGUCUGUCUGCGAUCAUACCUAGAAGAGUUCGUAGAGGUUCUGCGCAACUGUUCCGGUGUGGUAGUCGCACGAUGCUCGCCUACUCAGAAGGCGAGAGUUGCGCGACUGUUGCGAGCGAGAGGCCUCGUUGUGGCGGCCGUGGGCGACGGGGGAAAUGACGUCGCCAUGAUCCAAGAGGCUGAUAUGGGUGUAGGCAUCGAAGGUGCUGAAGGUCGCGCCGCGUCGCUAGCGGGUGACGUGAGCAUACGGGAGUUCUCUUGUCUGGCAAGGUUGUUGCUACUGCACGGACGACGGUCGCUCAUGCGAUCGGCUGCGUUAUGUCUCUUCAUAGUACACCGAGGGCUUAUUGUUUCUACUAUGCAGGCAGUUUUCUCCGUAGUGUUCUAUUUCUCAUCAGUAUCACUGUACCCGGGUUUCCUAAUGGUCGGAUAUGGGACUCUAUUCACUAUGCUGCCAGUUUUCUCAUUGGUUUUGGACAAAGAUCUUCCGAGCUCGACAGUCAUAAGAAACCCGCAACUGUAUAAACAGAUGACCAAAGGAAUGCAACUGUCCUACAAGACUUUCUACAUAUGGACAGGAAUAUCGAUCUAUCAAGGCGGCGUUAUAAUGUACGGAGCUCUAGUACUGUUUGAGGAGCAGCUCAUUCAUAUAGUUGAGAUCAGCUAUACUGCACUCAUCCUCACAGAGCUGAUAAUGGUCGCCCUGACGGUGGUGACGUGGCACCGCCUCAUGGCUCUGGCGGAGCUGGUCAGCUUGCUCAUGUACACUGCCACUCUGCUAAUCUUCACUACCUACUUUGAUGCUGAUUUCAUUAGACACUGGGACUUUUGGUGGAAGGUGACAGCGAUUACGCUUGUAUCCUGCUUUCCUCUCUACAUCGUCAAGUUUAUGCAUCGAAAAUGGAGCAACCGUCAGUACAAAAACAUUAAGACUAAAUAAAUUAAGAAAAAUAUCACCUGUCAGAGUGCGGACGUGUAUAAGACACGAGCUUGUCCACUUGGAGACAAGCGGAAUGGAGUGGAGCGAAGACGUUGAAAGAACCAGAUAGAUUUUGGUGACCUCACUGGUGAUGGUCCCCAACAAAUGCAGUUACCCGUAAUUACUGAAUUUUCUCAGAAAUUUUGGGCUGGUUAACAUCAAGACGUUCUGUCAAGUUAUUACGCGUUCCGGUAUGAUACCUGGUAGAAACCGUUUAUGGGCUUAAUAUAACUGGCAUACCUCUAACAGAUUAGCGUGCUACCAUUUCAGACUGCAUCGUCACUUAAUAGGUGAGAUGCAGUUUAUUUAAAUAAACUGCAUCUCACCUAGCUCUCUGCUCUGCUCCGCCCAGUACAAUCGCACUCAUCAAAUUCAUAAUUGAAAAAAUAUCAAUUAAAAAAUUAAAUUACUUCAAUUAGGCUUACUUUAUAAGCACUUUUCAAACUUCAUUAUAAUACUGAAUUGGAUUUCGUUUCCGUAGUAAAUUUAAAA